CACCACCCGAGUGAGCGCGCGACUGUCAAAAUAUCAACAGUAGCGCCACAAACGGCUAAACUCUGCUAACUUCUGACUUCUUCACACAGUAUUAAUACUUUGACCGAAGAGUUGCUCCAUAUUUUUCACAAUGGGCUCAAAGGUCAUAUCUAGCGCUAAGGAGUUUUAUACUUUUCUUCGGUCUCUUCAAGAUGGGGAAAGCAGUAAUCCAUCUACAUAUGAGGAGGACAUCCAAAUGAUAAAGAUGAAUGGAGACAAAAUCCCUGUGCUGAACAUGUACUGUGGCAACCAGCCAGUCUUCAUCUGUGAAAAAGCUGCUCCUAAAAUAAGUGAACCCAAUGGUCAACAAAUUACUGAAACAUCCAACUGCACUGAUGAUGAUGAUGAUGAUGAUGCUGAUGCUGAUGCUGAUGCUGCUGCCAAUGAACUCCAGACAGAAUUGGGACCACAGCCACUCACAGUCGUGAAAGCAAGGCAGUUGCUGUCUUUUUACACAUUAUCUCAAAAUUCUAAUGUGUCAGCUGUGGACAACAAACCUGCCUUACACCCUCUCUGGGUGCGGUGUGACAUGUCUGAUCCAGCUGGAACAACCUGGUUAGGAGCUGAAACAGUCAACGUGGGCAAUAAAGUAUCUGGUGUCAAAUUAUACUGUGUUACCUGCAAAGGCUUAACUGUGGAUAAACAAUCUCUCAUAACCUUGGACGAUCUUAAACAAGAACACAAGAAAAGGCAUCACCCAUCCUCUAUGGUGAUUAAAUGCAGUGCCAGGUUCAACUUGUUCGGCUCCACUGUUGUUGAAAACACCACAAUUGAGUCACAGAGUUCUGUGACAGUGGAUUUCAAAUGGGGUCAUGUGGAGCGUAUCCUUGAGACCCCACCCCUUUCCUCUACAGCAACUCUGAAUAUCAAAGUUGCCAGCGGGGACAUGAGGAGCCCAUUGUUCGAGAUGUACAGGGAACUGGAGUUUCUCCAGACUCUUGCUGAUGGUUUGAGAACUGGUGAGACUGAAUGGAUGGAACCUUUGGAAAGCACGUCAGCUGUAAAUCUGACCAAGGCCUUUCUAGAAGAGCUUCAGGACACUGCAAAGAUACUACAGGACCGGGCUGCAAAACCAGCUGAGACCACAAAGCCUGAGACGGAGACUCCCAUUUUCAAUUCUAUCUUGGAACGAGGUGAUUUGGAUUUUGUGGAGCAGCUGUGGGUUCGGAUGAGAAAGAGUGUGACUUCAUAUCAGGACAUCGGAGACUGCCUGAAAUUGGUCACUGAAGCUCUCAGAUAUGGUGACAUCAAACCUUGGAUUCACAGAGACAGCAGCAGCUCCCUGAGCAAGCUCAUCCUGCAGUCUUACCACCAGCAGAUCGAUCAUGUGUCUCUCACAGGUGUCACACCUGUCCACAUGCUGUUAGAAAUGGGUCUAGACAAGAUGAGAAAGGACUACAUUAACUACCUCAUUGGUAAAGAAUUGACAACUCUAAAUCACUUGUGUUAUUACCUGAACACAGAGGUUGAUCUGCAGGAGCAAGUGAUCCGACUCCGAAAACUGCACCAUCUGCUGGAAAUCAUUUUGACCUGCAGUACUUUCCUGGGUUUGCCUUAUGACCGGCUCUUCCAUCUCACACAAUCAUGUUUGCAGCACUACAAAACAUACCCAUAUGAUGAGGAGCAUGAAUUCAAGCUGCAAAUCAAACCUGCACUGAUCGGCCACUUCUACCAGAAAGAGCAACCAGCAUUGUGGGGUGUCGAGGUGUCCAGUGGCCACGGUCCUCGUGAGGUCAGGACAUCCUUACAGCUGAGUGACACGCCGAUGGUUGAUCAUGUCAUCUUCGAAACAGAUUACCCAAAUGAAACGGUGAAUGGGGACAGUGAGGAGCCUGCCUUUUUCUCCACCAUGGUGUGCUGCAGUCUCGUCAACAUUGCUUGAAUUUACACAGAGCACAACUAAACAACAAGGGAGAAGUUUAUUUUCAUUUUUGAUAUUCUCAUCUGCAAUUAACAUGUUUUAAAAUAAGAACUAGCCCGAUGACCUUUUACUGCAUCAUAAAGCAUACACAGACAACUGUAGGGUGUUAAUAUACUGUAUUUUCCUAAUAUGUUUUUAAUGUACAACGCUCAGUUAUUUUGUAUGUUUGUUCUGUACACUGUUGUUGGCUUUCUAAUCGCAUCUUUAUCAUCACAUUUACAGUUUUUUUUUUUCUGUUCUAUAUAGCAUCUGAAAGAGAUUUUGAAGUUGUUGUUUUUUUGCCAAGCAACUCCCAGUUGAAACCAAAUAAAAAACACAAAGUACAGUAGAUCACAAGGGAUAUUUGCAAUGAUAUUAUUCCUUAAUGCAAUACAACCAAAUCCAACAGGUUUUCAGGGCUAUCCACACUGUUCAAGUGUCUGGUACUAAAUUCAUUAUUAUAGGCUAAACCAAGGUUUUUACAGCAAACACUGUAUGCACAUCAAAUUAAUGAAGUCACUAAUUCUCAGUUCAAAUAAUGUAUUUAUGUUCACACAUGAUCCAUUAAAGAAAAGAUGCACUUA